AAAAAGAAAAAGAAAGAAAAGAAAAAAAAAACACGCAAAAACGCUCCGCGGAGACAGACUUUCCAAGAUUCCCAGUAGCCGCGCUCAGCAGAUGGACGCGCCGAGACCCAACAAUUCUGCGAUGCUUGUGUGAGGCUGGGGAAUGCUCAUCGUCUGAGGCAAUGUCCAGAGUUCUAGACCGCGCUGUGGCUUGCGCAGACAUGCGGGGAUCUAGACCUACUAUUACACUAUUACUAGUAAAAGAAGUGCUAAGAUAUAAGAUCGAAGGGGAAACCAGUAAGGCGCACCAUGGAAGAGGAAAGCCACGCUCCCAUCCCAGCGCCCUGGAUAGCGACCCAAUAGUCUGGUACAGCCGUUCAGCUCCCAUGAGGCGUUUCCUCGAGACGAGCGUGGCGGACAGCGCGGACCAAGGGCUGAAGGAAGGAUGGUAGGGUUGGGGGGGAGGGAGCAAGGGAGGAAGAUGGGGAGAUUGCGCGCGCACCGGGAGUUUUAACAGGAUCAAAGUGAGGCGUCUUCUGGUAGUUAGUCUAAACAUUAGAAGAACGGAGUCCCCGGCCACCUUACUCACCCCCUCGGUUACCUCGAGGAGGAGCUAGACAGAAUUAGCGAGGCUCGGAACCACGCGUGAGAAAACAGUCCGUCUCUUGUCUCUGGGGUAUUAGUCUCGGAUAACGUGAGACGGAGGGGGGGGACGCCAGACGAGCCCCUCCCACGUGCCAAGACCAGGCUCUCUUGGACGGAAGAGGGGAAAAAAGAAAAGAACAGAAAUGAGAGCUGGAAAUCGGGGCUGAACGCGCGGUCUGCAUUUUGGUUCGUGACCCCCUCCUCGCCUCAAGCUGUCGAAAUGGCACGGGAACGUUCUCUCGGCCGUUUUGGGCCGUGG